AUGGCCACAACAACCAGGACAACCUCUGUUCUCAGCGACUUCUCGACCUGCGAAAUUUCAGAUGCUCUCAUAAAACUCAAGGUUCCGAAUGGAGGCUAUCUUCCGGAUGUCAACAUGCUGGCGGAGGGCAAAAUAUGUAGUCCCGCAUACACCGUCAAGAUGGUAAUGGGCUCGGACACGUCGGCACCCAAGUUUGAGGGCGGUCAUUUCGUGGACGGGAUCACAGAAGGCCAUGUUGUGGUCAUCGACGCUCCUUCCGAGGCGAAGAAUGCGGUCUGGGGCGGGUUAAUGUCUGCUGGUGCCCUCAAGCGUGGUGCAACGGGAGUCGUCAUUUCUGGCAAUGCUCGGGACCUAGCUGAACACAGAUCCCUCAAGUUCCCUGUUUAUGCCAGGGGUCACUCGACUUUGGGACAGAGUCCUUUCACGAGGGUGUCCCAAGUUGGCAUCCCAGUUACUAUCGAGCCACGCUACCCUUUAGCCUCUAACCAACACCUCUCUCCUUCGUUCCCUGCCCUGAGAAUCAACCCAGGAGACUGGGUAAUAGCGGACGAAGACGGCGUGGUAUGCGUCCCGAGGGAUCUGGAAGAUGAGGUCAUCAAUGUCGCAGCAAAGGGUCGCGCCGUAGACGAACUGUGCAUGCAAGAUAUACUGGCAGGACGUGGGGUCGCAGAGACCUUUAAAGAUAGACGGGGAAAGAAGUAG